GUGUUGGAAACCAAUUUUAUACUGAUUGUGCCAUGUGUGAACUAUUAGUGUCCGUAAUUCACAUUCAAACGGUUUAAUCUACUCACCGACAAACCUACGAUGGUGCAACAUAAAGCAAACUAUAACGACAAAACAAAAUAUUUUAAAAAUACUUUAUUGUAAGCUACAUGACAUACUACCGAACACAACAUGCAUAUUUUGUUGCUCAUUUUGCAGAAUAUUUUAAUAUUAUCAUUGCACCAAACGUACGGUUUCAAACACAGUAAUGACGUGAACGACGAAACAUUCACUGAAUAUUACAAUUACGUAGACCUGACCGAUCGCCUUCAAAGUCUUUCCAAAACAUACGCACACAUUUGCAGCCUCUCGAGUAUCGGACAGUCUGUUGAAGGACGGGAACUUUGGGUGAUGAGGGUGACAACGAGUCCCAGUAUAGACGUGCCAGGGAAACCGAGGUUCAAGUAUGUAGGCAACAUUCACGGUGACGAGGCGUUAUCCAGGCAACUGUUAGUGUAUUUAAUUGAGUACCUGUUAAGUCAAUAUGAUCGCGAUGCGCGCGUGAGUGAGCUCGUGGACCGGACUGAUAUCUAUAUAAUGCCAAGUAUGAAUCCGGACGGGUUUGAGAAGGCUGAAGAGGGAGACUGUAGUGGCCGCGGUGAGGUCCGAUACAAUGCCAAACAUCACGACCUUAACAGAAGUUUCCCAGACCAGUAUGAGCCUUCCACUAGCAUCUUAAACGAUAUACCGGAGGUCAAGGCUGUGAUGAGCUGGAUACUUGAGAAAAAGUUUGUUCUGUCUGGUAGUCUUCACGGUGGUUCUGUGGUGGCCAGCUACCCUUUUGAUGACUCCAGCUCUCAUAAAACCUCAGGACUUUACAGCUCUACGGCAGACGAUGCUCUGUUUCGCUAUCUAGCGCAGACGUAUGCUGAAAACAAUCCCAUUAUGAGAAUGGGUGAACCACAUUGCCCUGAUGAUCCCAACAAACACUUUAAAGAUGGUAUCACCAAUGGUGCAGAGUGGUAUGAUGUCCAAGGUGGGAUGCAGGAUUACAACUACCUGAAAGGGAACUGUUUUGAAGUCACUUUUGAAUUGAGUUGCUGCAAGUAUCCUCCAGCGUCUCAGCUUUACAUCGAGUGGGUCAACAACAAAGAGGCACUUCUUCUUUACAUGCAGAAUGCUCAUAUUGGUGUGAGAGGUUUCGUAAUGACCAGGUCCGGCCUUGGUCUUCAAGAUGCGACCAUCUCGGUUUCGGGAAUCGAUCACAACAUCACAACCUGGACGUUUGGUGACUAUUACCGCUUGCUGCUGCCUGGAAUAUACGACUUGACUGCUAGUGCCCCUGGGUAUCUCCCAAAAACUGUGAAGGAAGUACCAGUGGUCGAAGGCAAACCGACGGUGCUAAACUUCACUCUUGAGGAGACUGAAGAGGCGAUGGUAAUGUCAGAGCCUGUGCUUUCUGAACAAACCACCGUAACCAAUGAGGUUUUCAUCACCACAGUACCUUCCACCCCGAAGUCUCAAAUCCAAUCCUUGGACUUCCGACAUCAUAGUUAUGAUGAAAUGGAGAUGUUCCUGCAGCUGUUCAGCGCUGUCUACUCAUCCAUCACAUACCUAUACUCUGCUGGAAAAUCAGUGCAGGGCAAGAAUCUAUACGUGAUGGAGAUAUCCACCAAUCCUGGAGUUAGUCAGCAAGGCAAACCCGAGGUCAUGUUUGUUGGUAACGUACUUGGAAAUGAGGUUAUCGGCCGUGAAAUUCUUCUGAACCUUAUUGAAUACAUUUGCCGCAAUUACGGCAAGGAUCCUUUAGUCACCGGUCUGGUCAACAGCACAAGAAUUCACAUCAUGCCUUCCAUGAACCCCGAUGGUUAUGAAUUGGCACUUAAAGCCCAAAAGGGACAUUUAAAGGUCUCCGUUCUUCGUAUCAUUGGACAUAGUAAUAGUCACCGUGUGGACCUGAACACAAACUUUCCUCAACGUACAAAAUCAAAACUUGUUAUUGAAGAGGAAACUCAAGCAGUGAUUAACUGGAUCAAGUCUCGCUACUUUGUGCUGUCUGCAAGUAUUCGUGGAGGGUUCAGGGGAGUAGAGUAUCCUCAUUCCAUUGACUCUAUUGAUGAAAAUUUGUUUAAAUAUGUUACAGAAGCCUUUUAUAUGCAAUCUCAGGCUUUACAGGAGCCCCAGGCCUGUGAUGUGCCGAGAACCAGAGAGAAAAAAGCCAACAGGCACCGUCGUCCGCCAGUGACUGGAACUGAUAUGCUGACUUGGGCUUAUAGUGACACAGAUAAUUUAGCUGUUAACAUUGGUCUGAGCUGUGAUUUGCGGCCACCAGAGGAGUCGCUCUCAGAAUACUGGGAGCAGAAUCACAAAGCCUUGCUACAGUUCAUACAGCAGGUUCAUUUGUUUGUGAGGGGUAUGGUGACUGAUGCUCAUACUGGCAAAGGCAUCUCUAAUGCCACAGUUGUGGUGGAAGGAUCCAGGCACCAGGUUCACACCAACAGUGCAGGACAGUACUGGAGACCCCUGGCUCCUGGUUCUUACCAUAUCAUAGCUUCUGCUCCAGGUUACAACACAAUGUCUGUAUCCGUCCGGGUGUUGGAGACUCGAGUGGAGCAGGUGGACUUUAAACUGGACAGGGACACAUCAGAGCCAUCCUUGGAGGAAGAACAACAGAAGGACUUUGAGAAACUGGUGGAGCGGCUUUUACCCGUUGGUGCGUUAGAUAAAUUUGUCCAUAGCCUUCUGCCAGCGCAGAUCCUGCAGUAUCGCAACUACAGAGAACGUGCCGAGUUCCUCCGAAGUCUUACGUUCAACUUCCCUCGCAUCGCUCGCCUGUACAGUUUGGGUCAGAGCGUUGAGUUCAGGACAAUCUGGGCCUUGGAGAUCUCUGGCAAUUUGGAGAUGCCUCAGUCUGCUGAGCCCAAGAUUCGUUAUGUGGCCGGUGUCCAUGGUAACGCGGCAGUCGGCCCAGAGCUGCUGCUCGAAUUUGCCUCUGUUCUCUGUCUCAAUUACGGCAGGAAUCCCACCAUUACCAAGUUAAUUGACAGAAGCAGGAUCCUGAUUCUCCCGUGUGUGAAUCCUGAUGGCCGAGAGGAGGCUCAGGAGGGUCAAUGCUCUUCCACUGAGGGCUACACCAAUGCACAAGGCACUGAUCUGGAUACCGACUACAUCUAUGUAGGCAACGUGUCCGUCCAGCCAGAGACUCGUGCGGUGAUGAAUCUGAUUAAAGGAAGUGGUUUCUCUCUCUCUGUAGUGCUGGAGGGGGGCUUUCUGAUGGCCACGUAUCCCUACGACAGACCCAACCAACAUCCUCAAAAUGAAGAGACGUUGAGAUAUUUGGCCUCCUUGUAUGCCAGCAUUCAUCCAUUCAUGCACAUGGGUAAUGUGGAAUGUGCAGAAGAACCAGCCAUAGAAAUCCCAGGAGGCGUCCUGAAGGGUGCAGAGUUUAACGCUCACACGGGCAGUUUGAAGGACUUCAGUUUGGAUGUGGAUAAUUGUCCUGAGAUCACAGUGUACACUGGCUGUUGUAUGUACCCACCUGAAUCUCAGCUCUUCUCGUUGUGGAUUGAAAACCGAACACCCCUUUUCCGCAUGCUGCUGGAGGCUCAUAGAAGGUUGAGUGGUGUUGUAAGGGACAGUAAAGGCCGACCCGUGUCAGAUGCUGUUGUUGUGGUGAAUGGAUCGGUAAGCAUCUAUGCGGACAGUCAGGGUUACUUCACGACUCUGCUGGCUCCAGGUACACACCAGCUACAGGUGCAGGCCCAUGGAUAUCAACAAGAGCUCCAGCAGGUGAAUAUAUCCUCUGACAGACUGACCAGUCCCAUUGUGAUUGACUUUACAGCAGAUAGGGUUCCCCUUGACCAGGGGGUGCUCAUAAUUGCAUCAGCAUCAUUGAUGAGCGUCUUGUUUUGCGCUCUCCUCGCCUGGCACCUCCGCUCUGCCAAGUUCAGCAGGAUACGGGACGGCUUUCACUGGUGUCACAGUAACAGAGAGAGUCUUCACAUGGAGGCCAUGGCUUCUGAAAAGUCACCGUUGCGACAGGAGUUUUUGGAGGACAGCGAGAGUGAGGACGACCCUUUCUUUGUGGAGUGAAUGUGUCAGUUUAGACUGAUGAAUAAGUGUUGUAACAUUAAGAAGGACUAGAGUGACAAGAAUUCAUUGGUACUCCAGUUUGUUUGUUUUUUCAUUGGGAAAUAAAUGGCUUUCAUUUUGCUUA